CUCAGAUGUUCCAGCUAUAGCGUAAAAUUUAAUACACGUUAUAGAAAUUAAAGGAAGGUCAAACAUUUCCGACACAUAUCCCCUCUAUUGCUGACGCAUUGCAAUUAAGCAAUCAGCUCGCUUGAUUAGCUGUUUUUAAGAAAAACUUCUCUGCCAAAUUUUGUUCUGCCUCACUAGUUGGUUUUACUUCGAGCCCCUGUACAGACGUGUAUAUUUAUGUAUUUCGAUGAAUGGGUAUAACGUCGAAGAGUACAUAAUAUUUGUUGCAAUUUCAAGCGCGUACUAGAUUUUAUUUUUUAAAAUAGUCAAUUGAUAAAAAGUAUUAAAAUGGCGGGUAACUGCAAAAAUUUGAUUUUGAUCGGUGCUGUACAAUUUCUGGUUGUACUGUCUUGCAGUCUCGAGUUGCCGUUCAAAAAUCCAAUAGAUAUGGCGCUAGAUCCAUUAGGCAGUAUGAAAAAUAUAACCGGUAUUAUUAAGGAUCCGAUAAAGAACAUCGCGAAUCCACUUGAGGACGUCAAGAAUAUAAGCAACCAAUUGCCGGAUCCAUUCGACGUCGUUGGCAACAUCAGCGAAAAUCUGCCAGAUUCACUGGGCGUGGUGAAGAAUAUCAGCGAGUUGGUAGCUACAACCGCAGUUUUCACGCGGAACAAUGUCACUCUCAAUUGCUUUGGUCUGCCGAUCAAACUAUUCGCCGAUGCCGUGAAAAAAAUGUUCAUGCAAGAGACGAAGGCCAAAGACGUGCGCUUCUACUUCGCCUCCCGAAGCCAGCCAGAUUACGUUACUGUUCUCGUGGAUGACGAUUUCAGCUUACGUGAGACCGAUUUUGACAUCACCCGGCCAACUGUCGUAAUAACGCACGGUUUCAUGUCUAGCGGCAAGGAGUCGUGGCUCAAGGAAAUGAAAGAUGCCUUCUUAAAAUUGGACGACGUGAAUGUGAUUGUUGUCGACUGGCAAAAAGGGAGCAACACGUGGAACUACUUUUCUGCCGCUAUAAGCACGAGGAUCGUCGGUCUACAAAUAGCAAAACUUUUUGCCCAAAUCCGAGAAGUCGAGUACGCGUCCAACAGUUCGCCCGACGUAGAUAGCUGGGGUUCGUUGUACUUUGUUGGCCACAGCUUAGGUUCGCAUAUCAGUGCGCACGCUGCUCUCCUCAUCAGAGAGAGCCAGGCGAAGCAGGAGAACAGUUGGAUCGUCAGCAGAAUCACCGGCUUGGACCCUGCCCAGCCGUGUUUCCACACGGCCAAUCUGACUUUGAAGCUCGACAAAGAUGACGCUCCGUUCGUCGAUGUCAUCCACACGAACGCCAGGCAAAUCUAUUUCCUGGGACUCGGUCUACCCGAUCAAUUGGGUUUCGCCGAUUUUUACCCCAACGGUGGAGAAAUACAACCAGGCUGUUCUGAUAUCGAUACGUCUAUUUGGAGUUUCCUGCUAUUGCCCAAAGUCGCUAUUCAAGAAUCGAUUUGCAGCCACGGAAGAUCGCAUGCCUUUUUAACGGAAUCAGUGCUCAACGCAGCGAGUGCUAACUGCUCAUUUGUUGGAUUCCAGUGGAACCGUUCGAAGAAAAAUAUUCCGAAAGUAUCUAGCGGCAAAUGUGUUAACGACUUUUGCACGGAAAUGGGUAUCAAUUCCUCGGCAUUCUAUCCCAAUAAUUCCGGCACAUUUUACGUGCCAACUCGAGCAUCUGCGCCGUUUUGCGGUAAGAUUCAGUUCUUUAUUUAUUCGCUGUUAUCUAACACGAGGAAAAUUGAGUAAAUCAAACCUGUAAAUCCCGUUGAUGUAAUACACACGUUCUGCGCUCACAUCUGAUUUGUAAGAUUGUAGAUUAGUACGAUCAAACUUCUGAUCGUCGGAAAUAAUGUAUGAAAUGCAAAUAAUUUAUUGAAAUAAAAAUUCGUGCGUGAAUUGGAA